AUCGUUUCUCAUUGUCCACUUAAAAAGAACCGCUCAAAAAGUUCAGUUCGUUCGCCAACGUCACAACUCCUGGAGCAAGGCGUUCUCUUCCCUUCUCUUCUGGUAUAAAUACUCAUGUUUGUCUCAGUCUCUGGUACAAACCUUACUACGCAUCUUUGAAAGACUGGUUCGAGGUCCGCAUGGAGCUGGAGGGGGCGUGGCCUCCAGCUCCGCCUGAUUUUCUGGAGAAAAUUUAUCCCGGAGGUUUUCGGGAGAGGCGCUGAAUUUCGGAAGUUUCCCGGAAAAUUCGGGAGGGUUGGGACACGAUGGUGUGCUACUGUGGACUGCUAACUGCUGGGAAACAACCAGUUCCUUUAAAGGGCAUUGAAGUUGAGCUGGAGGUGAAGGACCACGUAGCCACAGUAGUGUCCACUCUGCACUAUGAGAACAAGGAGGACAAAGCCAUAGAAGCUGUUUUUGUCUUCCCUCUGCCCGGAGAUGCUGCUGUCUGCCAUUUCAGCGCUAAGGUCGGACAGACCGAGAUUGUGGCCGAGGUGAAGGAGAAACAGGAGGCCCGCGAGGAGUACGACGACGCCUUGAGCUCAGGGGAGCAGGCUUUCCUCCUGGAGGAGAGUGAGCAAAGCCCGGAUAUCUUCUCUCUCAGUGUGGGCAGUCUUCCUCCAGGAGAGAGCGCCUCCAUCAGGCUGGAGUAUAUCAUUGAGCUGGCUGUUCAGGCGGAUGAUGCGCUGAGGUUUUGUUUGCCUGCGGUGCUCAACCCUCGCUACCAACCUCAGGGGAGUGAAGGUGGCGGCGUCCAGGUGACCUCAGUCCCCGCCUCUCAAGUGCCCUACAGUCUGUCUUUCUCUGCUCGGGUGUCCUCUCCUCGUCAGGUCUCCAAAAUCGACUCCAACUGUUCCUUGGAGCCUCUGCAGUACCUCAACGCUGAGCAAAGCCAGGCUGUGGUGAAACUGGCUGCAGGUCACAAGUUUGACAGGGAUGUUGAGUUGCUGAUUUACUACCAGGACGCCCACCAGCCGGCUGCUGUGGUGGAGGCAGGUCAGGCGUCUGCCAAGCCUGGCACACUGAUGGGAGAUGCGGUCGUGAUGCUGAGUGUGUACCCUGAGUUCCCUCAGGCUGUGAUGUCUUCACUGGCCUCAAGUGGAGAAUUUGUGUUCUUACUAGAUCGAUCUGGAAGUAUGGGUGGUCCCAUCAACAACACCAAGAAGAGUGAGACUCGCAUCAGCAGUGCCAGGGAUACUCUUCUGCUUCUUCUGAAAAGCUUACCAAUGGGCUGCUACUUCAACAUCUACAGUUUCGGAUCUAGCUUUGAACAUGUUUUCCCGACGAGUGUGGAGUACAGUGAGAAGACCAUGAAAGAGGCUCUGAAGAAAGUCAAGGAGAUGCAAGCUAACCUGGGAGGAACAGAGAUCCUUCAGCCGCUCAAACACAUUUACAACCAACCCUGCAUUCCCAGUCAAACAAGACAACUUUUUGUCUUCACUGACGGCGAGGUGGGGAACACAAAAAAGGUUACCAGCCUGGUAAAGAAGAAUUCCAACUCUCACAGGUGUUUCUCUUUUGGUAUCGGCGAAGGUGCCAGCACUUCUCUCAUCAAUGGAUUGGCUAAGGAGGGAGGAGGUCACGCUCAGUUCAUCACAGGAGCCGACCGGAUGCAACCAAAAGUGAUGCAAUCACUACGGUUUGCUCUGCAACCAGCAGUGGAGGACAUCUCGGUCACAUGGGUUCUCCCACAAGGAGUAACUGCUUUUGUCCUGUCCCCGCCUCUCACAGCUAUUUUCCAGGGUCAAAGGUCACUCAUUUAUGCUCAGCUCACAGGACAGAGUUCAGAGGCUAAAGACUGUUUUGUAACUGUCAAGUACAACCUGGCGGGCCAUCCAACCCAGAAUCAGAUUCCCUUCACUCUCCAACCUACAGAGAAAACUGGUUUAACAAUUCACAGGCUGAGCGCCCGGACCGUGAUUCGCUCUUUGGAGACAGAGAAGAACGACGACUAUUUAAUGCCCUUCGUGAAAAGGGAAGACAAAAAAGAGGAAGAAGAUGGAGUUAAGCAGAAAGUGGUGGAGCUGAGUGUCCAAUCAGGAGUUAGCAGUAGCUAUACUGCCUUCAUCGCUGUCCAUAAGGGGGAAAGCAGCACCACUCAAGGACCUUUACUGCGUCGAUUCAUUCCAGCUCGCUCAUUUCAUCGCAUGCCGUGGAUGCAGUGUAGGCCUGUCCCUUGCAUGGCAUUUGGUGGGAGCAUCCCGAUGAUGCCAUCCAAUAGAGCAUCUCCUAACAUGCCGAUGAAGAAGCAGUGCUAUAUCUCUACACACAAAAGUUUCGGAGGCCCACCUCCUGCAUUCAGGGCAUAUGUUAACUGCGGCAUGGGAGACGUAAUGAAUGAUUUAGCGAGUAUGCCAGAAAUUGUAGCACCCUCGCCGCCCCCUUGCAUGGACCCAUUGCUGGAGUUGGUGUCCCUCCAAAAGGCGUGCGGCUGCUGGCCGCUUGAGAAGGCUUUGGCUGCCGCGAUGGGGAAGACUAGUAAGGAAGUGGAAAAGCCAAAACCUGCAGCGGUGAGCAAAGACGUGUGGGCUACCAUAUUAGCUCUUAUUUGGCUACACGGGUUCAAGGCGGACGCCCAGGAUGAGUGGCAGCUUCUGGCGAUGAAGGCUGUGUCUUGGCUUCAUGCUCAGAAGGCGUCGUGUGUGGCAGAGUGCGUGGCAGCUGGCAAUGCUUUGUUGGGUUGUAAGGUGUCGAAAGACACGCUGGGGAUUUGAGCCAUUUGAUUCAAGACGCCUUCCUACUUUUAAUUUGUUUUCACUUGCGUCUUGUAAUAUUUGCACUUGUUGGCUUCAUCUUUUGCAAGUCAACCAUUUAACAUGAAUGUUUGCAUUACCAUGUUGACCCAAUAAUAAAACAUACUUUGUUACAUCAUA